AUGGCAACUGCUUUCGAGACUGAGAUGGGAGUUAUGCCCGAAAUUUCUAAGGCAGUUCAGGAGAUGGAUUGGAUCCUUCCAACUGAUAUUCAAAGCGAAGCGGUGCCACUAAUUUUGGGUGGUGGAGAUGUUCUUAUGGCUGCCGAAACGGGAAGUGGCAAAACAGGCGCUUUUUGCAUUCCUGUCAUACAGAUAGUCUACGAAACCAUUAAAGAUUUGGAAUCCAACAAACCUAUUACUAAAAGCGCCAAAACUGCUGUACCAGCUCAUGCAAAACUCAAUCCUCAUGACAGAACCCAAGCGAUGGCUAUUGAUCCAGAUGGACUUCUUUGUCAGAGCAGAGACCCCGCUGGUUGGCAUGGAGCCCGAGCUAAUCUGGGAGUAAAAAACCACGGUACUAUCCUUUUAUAUAUUAAUAUAUGCAUGCCAAGCUAUUUGUAA